AUGAAGGUGAACCAUGACCCCAAAAAUUGGGAUGAUGGGCUAAUGUGGAUCUCUAGGGCAGUCAAUGAUAAAGGAUGCAGAGCAACUCUAAUGAGGAUGGUUGCUGCAGAAAUGAUAUAUUGCAUAUGGAAUUAUAUAAAUGAUAUUGUAUUUGGAAAUAGUGUAGAUAACACAAGUAUAAUAACAAAAAUUAUAGAUAGUGUAGUGUAUAGGAGUUGGCAAAAUAGAAAGCUUAGAAGCCAUCUAGUUAAGUUUAUGAUGUAG